UCCAGAAGAAAAACAUUGCUAGUGUAACUUUAUUGUGGUGCUGCGCAACACGCAAGAUGAUUGCCUCUCUCUGUCAACAUGCUGGACAUGCAUUGCGGGACAUCCGUGCAAGCGCGUUUUAGCGUGCUAUCUGCGCAUGAGAGGUUUUUGCUCUUAUGCCUGACAGAUUUGUAGUAAUGCUAUUCCUGUCCAAAGAAAAAAAAGUUACAUCUACAAUCUUUUUUGCUUGGACAGGUGAGGACCUCCCUGAAGGGAGUUCUUCGUUUCUCGGCCGUGCCGGCGAGGAAGCCGAAGAAGCCACGCCGGACGAGUGGGAGGCCCCGGGCGAGGAGGGUGGGUACGAUGGCCACGGCGGUGGCGAGUACAAUGAGGACGAGGAGGACGACUGGGAGAAUGUAACUGAAGCCGGUGACGACGACCAGGAAGCAGAAGAGGCUGGCACCGGCGUGCUGGUCGCCGAUCCGUCGCCCGAGGUUCACGAGGAACGCAAAAUCAUCAACGAGGAGUUUGCAAAGUGGACUCGGAAAGUGGGAAGUUACCAGAAAGAGCUGGAACACGCGCGCGGCACCGCUCCUGACCACCACGAAACCGCGGAGAAGAUCACCGCGCUCCAACCGCUGGUCAUCGAGCACAAGGACCUGCUGGGCACCUUCCAGGAGAAGCUAUUCCAAUGAAAUUUCGUUCGGUCUCGCUCCGUCCAGCUGCUUGCAAGAAAGAUACGAAUGUAUGAUGCGUGGCGCAGGAGUUUCGCGAAUCCGUUUUAUGUGGAAGAUUAUUUUUUUGCCUGUAGUCUAUUUCUAGGGCGAGGUCGUGUCCAUUCAUUAGCGUUCACUAUAUAGACGUACUUUGGUUUGACGUUCCUCAACCUCAGGAUGAGACUAGACGUCCAGCAAACGGUGCGACAACUCAGGAAGGCGUCCACCUAUAUACUGUACAUCUGUAGUUCCUGAAGGUGAAGGGGACAAAGGUGCUUUGCUUUGAUUGUGUCUCAUUUCGUACCGAGCCAUCUGUGCUGGUGUGCCAAGCAGCAGGGUCGCGGCUGUGAAAGGCCUGCGGAUGAAGUUGCACUAGAGGAUGUUGCCUGGACCGCAGCCAGGUGGGGCAUGAGACAGAAAAUUUCAUUGCGAUAGGAGUGCGAAGAGGUGGGGUCGCUGACGACGAAAAUCCUCGCCCUGGUCAAUUCCAUCCAUGGUCAGCGCGUCGCGCUCGUGCUUCAAAAGUACCACCAGCAGCAGUUGCAACUGGCCACACAGCAGGUGGUGAACGCGAACAAAAAAUUGCGCAGCACCGUUCAAAAACAUGUGCCGGGCGCGGCGUUGGGCGCUGCGGAGGACGACGAGGAGGACGACGAGGAGGAGUACCCCGGCGGGGAGGCGGCGGAGCCGGAAGCCCAGGAUUUGGAAGGCGAGAAUCUGGGCGAAGUGGCGGAUUUGGAAGCUGGACAAGCUCGCGCGGCUGCUGCGGGGGGCGAACCGAUGGACGGGGAAGCGGCGGACCGCGAUGACGCAGCUCUGCCGGCGGCGACCCCGCCUGCAGCCUUGCCUCGGUCCAUGUCCGCUCCGGUGCGGGGCCCUGGCAUCCGGAACGGCGCGAAUACGUUGCCCGGGGACUGCACGCCGGCACAGCAACAACAAUACGACAAUUUGAGGCGCGCGGAUCCGGAUGUGCGGGCGGCCACGGGUCUGUUUUCGGCCAUGGAGGGCGGGGACGGGGAGGACUCGGUUUCUUGUGCUUCUGCGAGACAAAGUAACGCGCAAUUACAGGGUGGGCAGGCGGACGUAUCCAUCGGAAAAACACUGCGCUUCCUAAUCAAGAGGAGACCCCAAUAGUGCUUGCUUCUGCAGCACAGCACGCUUCGAGCUACUGAUGCUAUUUGUAUUUUUGCGUAUGAACUACAAUGUGAAAAAUCCCGGACUAAUUGUUUGCACCAGAUACAGUAGAAAUAGAAGGAAUUAUCGCAAUCACUAAGAUAUGAGCUAGCAUGACAGUGUCUCUGCUCAUCGUUCGGCACAUUACUUGAGCUCCGCCGCGGCGAACACGUUUCGCAGGGGCCGAGGAUGCCAUCUUGAUUAGUAGUGCGGAGGUGUUUUUGCGUUGGAUGAGAGAUGGAGCAGAAUGGGCUUAAUACGGACUAAGUGGGGCGCUCAGGGUAACCAACAAAAAAAGCCAUUAUACUACUAGCACCAUCCUUUCGUACCAUGAUGCAUGCAAAAAAAUGCAUGAAUUGAACAGUUUUCAUGGCUCUCACUGCGUUCCUUGCACGGCAGAAAUAAGCCUGCUCCGAAACAGAAUUGCGAAAGAGUGAUGGUGAAAGUGUUUUUUAUCCUGCACACCCAACGAAGCAGUGGAGCUGAACUCUUCUUUGGGUCUUCGAG